AGGGGGUCCCCCAGAAGAAAGUUUUGUAAAUGCAUCAUAUUUUUUGCCAAUGCCAGACUAGCUUUCUUGUUGUUAAGCUUAAUGGAGGGCUAUUGCCUAAUUAGGCUGGCUGUAUUGAGAUGUUUAAAUAGUGGUUUAAUUUCACAAGAGUGACAAACAAUGCCGAAGCUUAGUGCAAACACUAUCAUUACUUCUGGCUGUCACCAAUUAAGGCAGGUCAGAGAGAUGUGGAUGCUGUUCUUCAGGGCGCUCGGUUUGUGUGCAUUAACUGUGGUGGCUAUGACAGGGGAAGUCGAAGAGGGAGGUGCAGGGGCUCCUGCAGUUGUCGGGCAUUACAACACGCUUUUUACUGAGAAUUGAUGCCAUUGGCCAAAUUUAAAAAUUAUAUAAAAUAUAAAAUUAGAAAAAGAAAUAGAAAAAAAAAAUGUCUUGCAAAAAGGGCACUUAUCUAGUCAGAGGCCAAAAGGGCAGAUGCUUGAGCACCACCUUUGGUCUAUCUGUGCAAGUGUGUGCUCUCACAACAAACAGCAACGAAUCAAAUCAGCGUGACUUGAAACUUUAAAAUAGAAGUAGGGGGCGUGUCCGGUCUGGAGCGACCAACAAGGGAUCAGGGGGAGGGAUAUACCAACAGAGCCAUCUUCUUCCUGACCUCUGGAAAACGAUGGACGUGCAGCUUCUUUCUAAAUUUAGACACUUAUUCGUGCCGAUGCACUAUGAGCUUAAAACUGCUGUUCUCAUUUAUGUCAGUAGUUUAGGCCCAGUUCCAUCGAAACGAGGUGGCAGACCCUUGUCGUAGCUCAGCAGGCUCCAUUGACAUUACGCUGGGCAGCACGAUCUGACAGCGUCGUGAUCAUUGCGCACCAUCUCUGUUACGGCACCUUUCACGUUUACUGAUUAUAGACGACUUUGUAGUCAGAAACAGGCGUAAUGGCGCAGGGUGAAAAUAAUAAUUUCCUAACCAUCCCUUUGCAAGAGGGUCUUUUCAGCACAGUGAAGGUUGAGCGUUCAGCAGAAGAGAACAGCAUUUCCCUAUUGGGCGAUGAAGAUGAGGAAGAAACGGAGGAAGACGUCCGGCUUAUACCAAGGUCCUCUCCCGUGCCCAGAAAGCGAGGACCUUCAAUUGCCGAUGAAACCGCGGAGUACAUGCGAAUUCGUCUCGUGCUGCCCAGCAGAAGUGUGUCGUUUGUUGACAGCACAGGAGGUGAACUGGUUGAUGUCCGAAUGUUUGUACCGUUUGAUUCGGAUGAAGAGGACGACUUAAGAUGGAAGGAAGAGGAGGCGCGGUACCGAAAGACUUACCGUGAGCCCACUUACCGUGUGUCGCCAGAGUUCCAGGCACUCGCGGAAACGGAGCUCGUGCUAUCCGUGCACAUAAACAAACUGGAGGUGGAGAGCGUGACAUCUGUGCCAGACGAGCCUCUGUCUUUCGAGGUUCUGAUUCGUGUACUUAACAUUUCUUUUCAUAAAUCAGUCUAUGUCCGGUCCACAAUGGACGGAUGGAUCUCUCACUUUGAUUAUCCAGCCGAGUACGUGCAGGGCUCCAACGAUGGUGAAACUGAUAAAUUUUCAGUGAAGUUGUCUUUCGCUUCACCGUACCUAUUCAACGGAGCGCGAAUCGACUUCGUUGUGCGAUAUGAGACGGCAGGCGGAGAGUUUUGGGCGAACAACUCCGGCAGGAAUUAUUCAGUAACUCUCAUUCAGUCAUAUGAAGACGACACAGAGCCGUCCACAAAGGUGGAGAAUAUUGACCUGAGAGGUAUCCUAAAGCCUCCAAGGUACCGAUCGGACAUUGAUUACGAUGACUCUUAUGACAAAGAAGAUGCACACCUGAGCAGCACAGAGUAUGAAUCAUCGGAGGAUCAGACCUCUUGUGCACAGCCGAUUAUAGUCCAGCCGGAGAUCGACAUUGAGACUGCUAUGAAUUUAUCCAGCUCUCCACAGUCCAUCAGGCAUUCCUCAACAGCGGGAUGUCAUCCAGCCACUACAGAUAUUCUCUACGGAGAACCAAUUCCGCUUUCAUCCAAUAAUUCACCACAAACAGAAGAGUCUGGAACUACAGGCGAAGCCAUUCAGCAGUUACCUCUACCCGACCCCCAAUCAUAUCCUAGUCAGCAGCUUUCUGAACCUCAAGAUCAAGUCUAUAAUGUUGUCCCUUCAUUGUCUCCUACUAUCCUUGUCCACCUCAAUGAUGAGAAAAAAGAGUAUGAUUUUGAGGAUUCUCUUAAGUCUAAACAAUCCUCUCAUCCACAUAAAGAUGAUUUCCAGUCUGAGAUUUCAUCACAAGUGCCUUUUGAGUUCGGCCAACCCUCAUUGGCUGGGUUUUCAGAUGCACCACAUGUCCAGGAAGAAGGUAUAAACAUUUUAAAGGAGGAGAAAGAUGUGGAGGAAAUACAGUUAGAAAUAGAUGAGACAGAGACAGACAUGCUGGAACAGCCAAGUCAGAAAAUCGAGGAUGAAAAGACAUGGUCUCUCUUUCAGAUGUUGGAGGAAGCUGUGCAGCCUCAUUCCUCAAAGACCGUUAACAAUAAUGAUGCAACUGAUGACGUUGAACACCUCAAUCUCACCGCGGAUGCAGACAGUUUCUCUGAGGGCUUACAGCACCCUCUGGAGGAAGGAUCACAAGAACAGGAAGUAGAAGUUCUCUCCUUGGUCAGAGCCGAGACCACUGAGGCGGUUGAAGUUCUGCUCACAAUGGAAAGCACCAAGAUGGGUGGUGAGGAAAUGGCUGGUUUAGUGGCUUCCUGUCUCUCAGUCACCAAUUCAGGUCCCAUAAGACAGGAUAGAGAAACCCAAAGCCAACCCACCUAUCCACUCACAGACAAAUCUGAACCUCAGCUGACCACCACACGACAUCAGAAAGAGGAGGGACUUGUCCUGGAGCAGAGUGAGCUGGCCUCAGUCUUGCCUGGGGACCCAAACUAUGGUAAACAAACCAAUACCAUGUCUACUACAGACCAUCAAACAACCAAACAGGAAAAGUCAGGGCUGGCCAGUGUUUCUGGAAUGAUAUCUACAACUGCUGAUUUCACCUUCAAUCUUCAACCUUCAACUGUUCACACCUCAACAGAACAUAAUGUAAUUUACGAUAAGUCUUUCCAGGGUGAUGAACUGUCUGCCGCUCCAUAUCAAACAUGUAAAGACUCAGAAACCCCGCUACCACUGCCAAGAGAAAGCACAAAAAUAUGUGAAAUUUCAAAGGAUCAGACUGAGGUGACAGUGGACAAGUCUCUUAUUGCCUCUUUCACUUUCUUUAUUGCUGUUGUCUGCUUGGCUGCUGGGAUUCAAGAGCCCAGCAUUUUCCUGUUUGUUGGAUUAUUCUUAUUGUCCCUGUGUUUCUGAUUUCUGGUGUUUUCCAUAUAGUUUCUCUUUUCACCUCCAUCCCUUUCUCCUAAAAAGCCAUAAGACUUUAAGUUCUUCCUUUCUCCCUUGUGCCUUGAUGAAUUCCAACAACAAAUUUAAUGUUAACAGAGCUGGUGUCAGAUUUGUGUAAAUAGAGCAGUAGAGCUAAUUUGCGCUUUUCCACCAUCGGGUUGAACGGUUCUCCUUGUGGAACCAUAUCAAAUCAGUUUCUUUUUCCACUGUGGUGAUGCAAAAUCACGAUUAGAAUGGACUGACCUGGCAAGUAACCAAAUGGGAGUCGCCAAGUCAGUACAUGCGUUCCAACAGAACAGUUAUCUGUUAUGAGUACGGUUAGCUAACCAUGCUAAGAAAUACUGGCCUGGGAUGGUUUGCAGUUAGUGGCGUCUCAGGCUCAUUAUUUCUAGUGGGGCACAAACAAUCACUUAACCCAACAUGUCAUGGGUUGCGUUAACCGAAAAUUCUCCAUCUAAUAAUUUACUGAUUUCUGAAACAUUGACAGAUAAUUCCAAAUGCUGUCCAUCAGUUUGACAGAUAAAAAAGAAACAAGAAAAAAAAUGUUAACCUAGUGCAUCAGUUUUGUCUUCACUCUUUCUCACACACACACUCUCGCUGUAUCUGUGUGCCCUGUUUAUUCCCUGAUAUUAAGAUGCGUUAAGAUGCAUGUUAAACCGGCAAAGUUCAAAUUAACUUGUUUUAGUGCAGUGGUUGAUAAACAGGUAGAACUUUCAUUAGAACUCCUUUGUUUCAACAGGCUCAAGCAUGGGGUGUCAAAAAAUAUAUCAUAAAGGCAUAUCCACUUUCAUUUACAGUAUAUGCCAUUAUAAUUGAUGCUAUACGGCCCUGAAUGUAGCCCUAGUACUUGAAAACAAGUGUGACAGAUAAAAAUAGAUUAUGACGGAAAUGUAAAACUCAGUCCGUCAAAAAGAUUUUUUCUAGCGCAACCUCUGAACAUGAGGCCACGCAAAAAACUCCACUAAAGCAUGCAGAUCAAAUGACUGUGAAAGCAAACCAGAUACAGGCAAAUCGUAAAGGCUGUGCAUGAUUGAACAUCAUUGCAAACUAAUCAAAACGAAAGACCUUAAUAAUUAUAGAAUUUCUUAAAAGGAUAUCUACUGUUGUCUUGUAUAAUAGGUGGAAAUUAUAUAUAUAUUUUUUUAAAUAAAUGUAUGAUUAUGCCAUGCAUUUUGCACAGCAGCCCCACCUACCCCUACUGUAGAGACGCCACUGUUUGUAAUUGUACAGUUCUUAACCGUGCUCGGGUGAAAAUGCUACUGGAACCGUUCAGCCCGAUGGUUUUCUUGUGUAUACUCCAGACUUCAGCCAAAUUUACAGUGGUUUAUAUAAAAUAAUAGUAUGAGCAAGCAAUGUGUGUUUAAGCUGUAUGACAUAACUAUAUAUAAUCAUUGGAAAUAUGGCUCAACUUCACUACAUUUAUUCACAAUAACUAACAUUUUUGUCAUUGUGUUUGAAAUUCUAGAUAGGGCUAACCAUACUGGACCUAAAAACUUUUGGUUCAUUUAUAUACACACUCCAGUAGUUCACUUGUAGCUUGAUGAUGAGAAGAGCUUGUGGGUUUUAUGUUUGAAAUGAUGUAGAGACUGACAGUGAGUUUAGCGCUCAAAGGAAUUUUGGAAAGUUAAAAACUAAGGUCCUGUGCUAUACCACUUAGUGACAACUUUUGAAUCUCUGUAGACAUUGGAUUUGUAUAUGGAUUCACUAAACUGCACUGUGAAAACUGGUGUGUGAUAUUGUAUGUGAUCUUUGUGUAAUUUAUAUUACACAAAUAUUUUGCCUGUAAACCUAAAAUCACAAGUCCUUAUUUUUUUUAAUGUGUUAAACUUGUAGAUUAUUCAACAAUAACAUGGGUUUAAGAAACAAUUGAGCCAAAUGUCUACUAAUUUAAUAACUUUUAUUAAGAGCUGUAUCUUCUACAGUGUCUCAAAGCUGAAGUUUGCACAUCAGAGAGACAAGUACACAGCCUUUUGCAGUGCACUUUAAAAGCGUGCCAAAGCCUCUGAUUUCACCCCAAAAGGUCAUGCAUUGCUCUGAAGUCACAGCAUCGAGUUACAGGGUGACUGCACCAUUGUAAGCAGAGAUAACACAACUCCUUAAAGAAAACGUUGAGCCUUGGUUCCUUUUUUCCAAAUCUUGACCUUAAAGGUAUUGAGUCACUCAUUUUAUUACUGAAUUAAUGUAUGGAUAGGUAACCAAAACAAGCAAAGCUGUGGACAGACUCGGUGCUUAAUAACCAAAACAUGUUAACUUAAGAUUAAAUAACACCCCACUAUUUUAGCACUACAGUUGCAAAGUAGAAAUAAAAUUCCAUUAGCUUGAUCAUUUUAUUUCAGUCUUUUUAGUGUACAUCCUUUCACAUAUUUUGAUUAAGCUUGCUAACAUAAAAUUUGAAAUAAUCAAAAUGAUUGAAACUUUGGUAAUGAAGUUACACUCAAACAACAUUCACAGCAAACAUGUUUAUGUUGAACAUGCAUAAGUAUGCUCUGACAUAAAUAUGAGAUCAUGAGACAAGGCAACCUGAUUCCCCCCCCCCCCAAUACAAAUGUGAUAAAAGUAACAACUGGUAAACUUUAAAUAUAUACAUAUGCACAGAUUUUGUUUUACUGUUUGCUCCAUUUGAGGAUGACACGUUUUUGUGAAUUUAAUAGUGAAACGUUCCGAAGACCGCCUUAUCACGUGAAUCUACAGAAAAAAUCCACAAGUUGUGCUGUCCAGUUCCGGAAACCACCUGGAUAGUAGUAGAUAGCGGAUAUAUCUGUAUGUAUGUAUGUAUAUAUAUAUAUAUAUAUAUAUAUAUAUAUAUAUAUAAAACAGUAUUCUUCCUCUUAUUCAGACAUCUUGUUGAUCAAAGUCCAGCUCUUCCAAUACAGCCACUGAAAGACCAAUUUGAUAAUAAAAUGAAUAUAUUUUGUCACAUGAAUUGUUAGCCUAUAUACAAAUAAAAUACAGAAAGACAACAUUAUGCGUAAAGGACUGCAACUCGUGUUGGUCCACCAUCCAUCAGUCUAAUAAACAUGCCUCUGUGCAUUAAUAGUACAAUUUCACCCCCUGGUGGACAUUUCAAGACAAAAUCAUUAUCUGCUUGAAGUUAAGGGCAUUUUAAAUCAUUAAUAUUUUACACUGGCCAGACACCUAAUAAAGGUAUUUGUUAAAAACAGGGCUACAAAAGUAAAAAAAAUACUAAAAUUUGUUAAAAAUAAAAAACAAGAUAAUCCCUCCUCAAAACUGAUUAACUGUAUAUUUGACAAUUUUGAUGUAAAAAAAAUAAAUAAAAAAACAAACAAACAAAAAAAAAAAUAC